UGGGGGCCUCUUGGAUCACUUCCUUUCAAAACCAAGAGCUCGUGCGCACGACGUGAGCAAUACGAGCCGCUGUGACAGGAAAUAACCUCGAUGAUGGAAAGUUCUUCUUUUCAGCCAAGUGUGAGGAGGACGACGAUGAAGAUGGCAUCGGUUUCUGUCGUCUCGGUGUUUCUGCUCUGCUGCUCCGCCGUCGCCUCCCAAGUUUGUAACAAAUAUGUAGCAACGGGCCAAAACUUCGACGUUCCUCUGGGAUACACACCGAAACCUACUGAUGGUUGGAAGUGGAAGCUUAACACCAAGACAAUAAUUUACAUGAAAGCCGGAAAAGUAGUCACAAAGGAUGGGGGUGAAACUCAUGCAAACGGAUCCCUCAAGCUGACAAAUCUGAAGAAGGAACAAGAAGGACUUUACACAUCUGAGGUUUAUGAUAACGAAGGAAGAAAACUAGCCACGAAGGAAACAAAGUUAUGCAUAGUAGAUCCUGUGAAGAAGCCUAAAGCAACUGCAACAUGUCAGGAUGAAAAAGUAAAGUUUGUAUGCGAUCUUAGUCAGCAACCUAAAGGUGUGAAGUAUGAAUGGUUUCAGAAUGGAGCCAAGAUGAAGAAAAAUGAAAAUCCUUUAAAUGUUGAAGCAACAGAAAUUAAAUACGACAAUUUCUUUUGCAAAGUUUUUAAUGAAGCCACUUCUGAAACCAGUGAACCCGUAACUCAUCCUUGUCCUAAAACAGGUAUCCCAGGUCUCCCAGAUGAAUUGUGGGGAAUAAAUAUCUGGGUUUAUGUAGGUGGUGGAGGAGGUAUUGUUAUAUUGCUGAUCAUCAUUGUCAUUGUUUGCUGCGUCCGAACUAAGCGAACAAGGAAACUACGCCUGAAGGAUGAGGAGGAGCUCCGUUUGGAGUGGACCAACACCAAUCACCAUCCCAAUCAUCCACCUCUUCCUGACCAUCCUCCUCCUCAUCAUCCCAACCGUCACCAUCAUCAUCACCAUCACCACCAGCACCAGCAGCAGCAAGAGCAGCAACAGGCACCGGGCAACACCGGCCCUCGACAGAGCCGCUCCAAGCAAAGCCGCCAACCUCGAGCCCGAGCCCCUGAACCCAAUGGCCAACCUCAGCCCAGCCCACGGAGAACUGGACAGACACAGAAACCUGCCAGUGACGCAGACGACGAGCAGCCUCCUCCUCUUCCUCAGCCCAGGAAGAAAGGCCCCAAAACGCAACUAGAUUAAAAAUUAUCUGAGAUAAAGUUAGACACAGACGUUUUAUUCCUCCUGAUUUUCUGGGCUGCUCCACUUCAAUGUUUUUUUUUUUGUGUGUGUGUGUUCAAACUAAAAAAAACUUCAGUUCAUGCAGAUUAACAAACUACAACCUGCGAUGUCAUUGAAAAGCUUUAACGCUGAACUCAAACUAAAAAUGUUCAAACUCUUUCUAACUUCUAUUAAAAUGUCACUUUUGAUAUUUUC